UUUUAGGGAUUGCGAAACUGUCAAAGUCAAACCCUAAUGAAUGAGUCGGGCCGUAAAUUUAUGUUUUAUUGAAAUACAAAUAAACUAUUUUUGAGGCAUAUUUUUUUGAUGACUAAUUAAAACUGAAAAUAUCAAUACGAUAUUUAAGUAAAAGUGAAAGACUUAUUAAGUUAUAAAAUCAUGGAGGAUAUAUUUCAGUGGUGUAGAGAAGGAAAUGCCCUGCAGGUGCGCGUUUGGCUGGAUGAUACGGAGCAUGAUAUGAAUCAAGGUGAUGAUCAUGGCUUCAGUCCUUUGCACUGGGCAUGUAAGGAGGGUCACCUAAAGAUAGUUGAAAUGCUUAUCAGAAGAGGUGCAAGGAUUAAUGUUACGAACAUGGGAGAUGAUACCCCGUUGCACUUGGCUGCUGCACAUGGACACAGACCUAUAGUUCAAUUGCUACUUCAAAACAGAGUUGAUGUGAAUUUCACAAAUGAACAUGGCAACUCUCCAUUGCAUUAUGCUUGUUUUUGGGGAUACAGUGCAAUCGCCGAAGACCUAGUUCUUGCUGGGGCUCUUGUAUCACUGGCUAAUAAGGAUGGGGAUACACCGUUGGACAAAACAAGAGGACAACUUGUACAGAGACUCCAUGAGAUGGCUGUAAAUCAAGGUCAAGAUCUGAAGAAGAUACAAUUUAAAGACCAGUCGUGGUUAGGGUUGAAGACCCGAAGCCGUGAUGCAACUCUUUCUCGACAUAAAGGCAUUAAUAUCAAUGAAUUAGCGUUACACACAAGAAUCGCAGUAUCGCCGUCUGGUGAAACUUGGCGUGGUCGUUGGCAGAAAAAUGAUAUAGUAGCGAAGAUAAUAGCAGUUCGUGAAUGCACACCCCGCGUACAGCGCGACUUUAAUGAGGAAUUCCCUAAGCUCAGGAUAUUUUCCCAUCCUAAUAUAUUACCUGUGGUGGGGUGCUGCGUGUCGCCGCCGUCGCUGGUGGUGAUCUCGCAGUACAUGUCGUGGGGCUCGCUGCACGCGCUGCUGCACGGCGGCGCGGGCGGGCGCGUGGUGGUGGACGCGGGCGCGGCCGUGCGCCUGGCGCGCGACGUGGCGGCCGGCAUGGCCUACCUGCACUCGCUGCAGCGCGACCGCGUGCUGCCCGCCUACCACCUCAACAGCAAGCACAUCAUGAUUGACGAAGAUUUGACAGCGCGUAUCAACAUGGCCGAUGCGAAGUUUUCUUUCCAAGAGAGGGGUCGCGUGUACGCACCGGCUUGGAUGGCUCCUGAGGCCUUAUUGAAACCGAGUGCUAAAAGGAACUGGGAAGCUGCCGAUAUGUGGAGUUUUGCGGUGCUUUUAUGGGAGCUGGCGACUAGAGAGGUCCCGUUCGCUGACCUUUCGCCAAUGGAAUGCGGAAUGAAGAUAGCUCUCGAAGGCCUAAGGAUCACAAUCCCCCCGGGCAUCUCUCCCCACAUUUCGAAACUGAUUAAAAUAUGUAUGAAUGAGGAUCCAGGUAAACGACCAUCAUUUGAAAUGAUUUUACCCAUCCUUGAGAAAAUGAAACGCUAAAACAAAUCGAAUGGGUAAAAAAAAUAUAUUAAAAAAACGCCUAUUCAGUUUUAUAUGAAAACAUUAAUUUGCUUUAAUCGUAUUGUUGUAUUUAUGGUUGUUGUUAAAAUAUUUUAAUCGAUGCAAUGUGUAACAAAUAAUUUCUAACAUGUUAUAUUUAAACAAAAUUUAAAAAUAUGGAAAUAAGAUCUUCUUAUGUAAACAUGAAAAUUUUGGGAGAUGUCAAUUUGUGGUUGAAGGAUGACAAAAAUAGCCUUAGUAUAUUUUAUUCCAAAAAAAAAUCCUGGUUUUUGUUGCCUCCAUCCAAUAAAAGUUAUAUUUAUAGUAUUUCUCGCGCAUCGAUAGUUUAUGUUUUUGAUAGUAUCGAUUGGUUUUUGAAGUACAACCAAAUUAAUAAAUAUAAUUAUAUUGAGCAUUACAAAAAGGUUACAUUUUAACACGACCGUAGAAUCGUCGAACCUACGUAUACUCGAUGGUAAGUUUUCUAUCGAUGUGUUCUCCGUCAAGUCAGUAAAAAAAAACUAUCGAUUAAUCAAUAAACUAUCCAUGUUUUAGAAAUACUUUAACGUAGUAUCUAUUUUAAUCUGUAUUUCUAAGCACAAAUAAAAAUUAAGAAAAAAAAUACAGUUUACAAAAUACUUUACUAAAAUAUUUUUAAUAUAACUUAUUAACUUAAAAAUAAGAUAAUUAGUUUUAAGAUUGAUUAAAAUGUGUAAUUGAUACAACGCGUCCUGUUGUUAUGUUCUGUGUUUACCAUAACUUUUUUACAAAUUGACAACAAGCUAAGAAAUUGAGAUUAUGAAAAAAAAAAAAUAGAAGCUUAAACAAAUUUUUUUUAUAAUAAUAUGACAUUAUUAUUUAUGUUUAAUAAUAAUUGAAUUAUGUUACAAUUAAAUUCUAAUAAAUUAAAGUCAUACAGAGGGUUUUUUCAAGAUACUUAAAUAAUGUACACAAACAAAUCAUACAAAACUUGAUAAGUAUAUUUUUCUUUACGUGCUCGAAGAUUAAUCUCCCAUUAGUGCCAUACAAAAUAAAUUAUAUCUGAUUACAAAAUCACAUAAUGUACAGAGUCUAUUUUUAAAUGCUUCACUGCACUGCCAGUAUUUUUCGUUGUUAGUUAGGUUGUGUUUUUUUUUUAUUUAUAUAUAUUUAAAAUACGGUUAUUCAUUUUACAAUUAUACACAGGAAACAUAUAAAUAUUAUUUUAUCUUAUGAAUAUAGUAUACAUAGGUGCUAAUAAAUCUUGGUUUUCUUACAGAAAUACCUACUUAAUAUAUUAAAAAUACUAGAAAUUGUGCCUUAUUACGAAAAAAAAUAACAUUUACAAUAUAAAUACUUUUCUUUAUCUUAAGAAGACUAUAUUUCAUCAAAAAUAUUUAAAUAUUUUUAUUGUAAAAGAAAAUGUUAAAACGUGAAAUAUUAUACUAACGAUUUUGGACUA